AAAGAGUAGGGAGAGAUAAUAUACUGUUCUAUAGACCGCUAUCUCUUUCUUGCGUUUCGCGAAGAGAGGUAGAAAAUUCCCACUCUCCUAUUUUGCAUACAUUUAAAUCGACAAAUUUAUUUAUCAUUUUCGUACCGGUGAAAACUUUAUUUAAAAGUCAGUGAAUUUAAAAAAAGCCUGCUUUCACGAAGUCGACGAACUCGGAUGAUUCGAUUAGUUUCUGAUCUUGCCACCGAAAAUUAGAAAAGGAUAGCACGAUACAUGUGCUUCCAUGUGCUUAUGUCAGUUUCAAAAUCUAAUCUCGAGUUACAAAAACACGUUCAUAUUCAUUUAAAGCCGAUGUAGGUUAUGUACACACGCACGCUGUAACAUUGUGUGUUAUUACAUUUGUACCUCAGUGACAGUGAAUAUUGAGACUUAGUUGAUUGUACUAAAUAUUUAAGUUACUCGUGAAAUAAUUACAAUUAUUGCAAUAAAUAAUUACCGUUCACAACUGGUCAUCAAUCAAUUACAAUGGAUCCGGAAACCUCGUGCACCAAUGAACCUAGUUCUGCUGAAGUAACCGAGAAAAAAGUGAAAAAACCAAAAAAGAAAGGAAUUAUUUAUUUAUCAAGCAUUCCAAAGUACAUGAAUGUGACUACUAUACGUGAAACUUUUUCUGCUUACGGAGAAGUAGGCCGUGUAUACUUGCAAUUGGCUGACAAAGAGUUGGCAAAACAAGAAAGUAAAAAACAAAAGAAACGUAAGCAGCCUUCAAAGCAUUUCACUGAAGGCUGGGUCGAAUUCAAAAGUAAAAGAGUCGCUAAGCAUGUGGCAGCUACGUUAAACAAUACACAGAUAUCAAGUAGGAAAAAGAGCAAAUUUUAUGACAUGAUAUGGAACAUCAAAUAUUUACCAAAGUUCAAUUGGAUUCAUCUCAGUGAAAGAUUGAGUUAUGAACGAGCCGUCCACAAACAAAGAAUGCGAGCAGAAAUUGAACAGGUUAAGAAGGAAGCUAACUUCUUCUCUACGAAUGUAGAUAGGAGCCAAAAAUUGAAAAAAGCAACAAACAAAACAAAUACUUUUGUUGCUCCUGUUAUUAAACAAAAACCAACUGAGAUGGAAAUCAGACAACAGAAAAAUAAGACUGAAGAUGAUAGAACUGAUUGUUUGAAAUCCUGGUUUGGUUAAAAAUUGUUGUGAUUGACUUUAAAGGUUUUUCAAUCAUUUUGUUAUAAAUAUUUUGAUAAGAAAAUUGUGUAAUA